GAUGAUGUGAGUACUGUUUGAAACCACGAGGAAGGAGACGACUUCUACCGUAUUUAUAUCCUAACCAGCCUUCCAGCCCUACAUCCUGUUUUGGGACGAUAUCCGACUUGUUGGCAGAUCAUUUGCUGGAGUUGUAGAGCUGAAGCAGAGGGAUGGAUCGUGGAACAAAGUAUGUGCUGACCAUUUCUGGACCCCACAAGUGGCUGCAGUAGCAUGCCGUCAUUUGGGAUUUGAAGGAACUGCAAGGGCCAAAGGGAGGGGGAUUCAACAAAACGAAGAACAUUUUUCGAUGUUGCAAUGCAAAGGUUCCGAGGAUAGCUUGGAACAGUGCCAGUCUGUGAUUGCGAACAGUUGCAGCACAAACAGAGAAGCAUUUUUAGUCUGUGCCAAACCACGAGGAGUAAAAGGCCAUCCCGCGAAUUGCUCCGAUAGACAGUUCCUAUGUAUGAGUGAAAACAAAUGCAUUCCCUCACGCUGGCGAUGUGACUAUGUGUCCGAUUGUAGCGACGGCGCAGAUGAAGUGAGCUGUACACCAUCGACCGACAUUCCCCUGACUUCCAAUUAUCUGCGACUCUUGAGCGUUACUGGACAACAGAAUGAGGGGAUAUUACAGUUUAACCUGGCUAAUCAGUGGGGCACCGUCUGUGACGACGGCUUCGAUAUUGUGGCUGCGAACAUCGCUUGUAAGCAACUGGGUUUUCCCUAUGGUGCUGAAAAAGUGAAGAGCUUUGGCGGAGGCAAUGGACAAAUAUGGAUUGACGAAAUCAGUUGUCUUGGAAAUGAGACGUCAAUAUUAGAAUGCAGAAGGAAUAACUUUGCUGCUCAUGACUGCACGCAUGCUGAGGAUGUUGGCCUGGUCUGCAAAACCUCACCAAAUCCAGAGGGUUGUGGUGUGCCAAAGAUAGAACCCAAAAUUCGACGAAUUGUUGGUGGACACUCGUCCAUACGCGGAAAUUGGCCCUGGAUAGCCAGUAUAUUCCUCCACAUUCCGCCGAUGAGUCAGGAACAAUUCUGCGCCGGAAGUCUGGUGAACGACGAGUGGAUUCUAACUGCUGCUCACUGCUUUGAUAGAACAACAGAUAAGAGAGACAUUCGUGUUCGAUUAGGAGAGUAUAACCUUCGCCGUCGUGAUCCAUCAGAACAAACAUUCAAUGUAACAGAGCUGUAUCUCCACCCAUUGUAUACCAAGGCCUCUCACGACUUUGAUAUUGCAUUGAUAAAACUGAACAGGCCGGCAGAUACCAGCACUGAAUACGUCAACAAUAUCUGUUUGCCUCUGGCUUCAGAGGAAAAUUUCGAAAAUGAUUACUGUUUUGUAGCAGGUUGGGGGAAUACAGGUUCAACAGAUGCAUCAAAGACCAUGGUGUUACAAGAAGCAAAAAUACCAUUACUAGGAAAUGAUGUAUGCAAAAGUAUAUACAGGCAGCUUACAGACAAUAUGAUGUGUGGGGGAUAUGUGUUCGGUGGAAUAGAUACUUGUCAGGGCGAUUCCGGAGGUCCAUUAAGCUGUAGACGAAAUGGUCGCUGGGAAGUGGGCGGAGUGAUCUCGUGGGGCAAUGGGUGUGCCCAGGUGAUGAAACCAGGCGUGUACACAAGGGCUAAGCCCUACUUACAAUGGAUAACAGAUACCUUAUUAGGGAAAACAGCGCCAUCGACAGCUGCUCCAGCUAAGCCUCUCUUAAACUCAUUGUUUGGUCGAUGAAAUUUUAUAAAAUGUACUCAGUUAAUACAAGUGUACUGUAUAAUUUUAUACGCACAUUCCUUAACAAAAGAAUCUCAAUAGCAGACAUUUUUUCUUCAUUUAAAGCAUUUUAUUUAUUGAUUUUGUAUUUAUUGUUUUAUUAAAUGUAUUUUGUUUC